CCAAUUAUUGGUCACCUUACUUGCUUAGUUAUUUAUUCAAGUCUGCAAACUCUUUUCACGCUCUCAAUAACAAUUUACAAUAUAAGUCAAAUUUUAAUUGUUAUUUAUUCAAUAGUUAGUAGUAUUACUACUAUUACUUGACUUUUUACUUUAGGAGUUACAGCCAAUGUUCUCACGUCGACAGUAGUUAUACCGUAUUGGUUUAAUCUCAUAUUAAAAUGCCACCCAAUUCUAUUGUAAAAACAUCCCUUAUUGUUGGAGGAUUAACAUUUCUGGGUUUUAUGGCUGGAGGAAGACUUGGUUCUAUGUUUGGAGCAGUUAUUGGGACAGUAGUUUGUUCGAUGUUUAAUACAGAAGAACCAAUAAGAUAUCAAGAACCUCCAGAUGAUUUUGUACCUUAUCACAGUCUAAACGAUACUAAUCGAAAACAUAAAGUCAAUAAAUCUAAAAAUGAGCCGUGUGAACCAUCAAAAUGCUCAAUAUGUCUUGAACCAUUUAAGCCUUCAAUUGUAUUACUGCCAUGUUCACACAUGUGUUUAUGUGAUGAAUGUUUUGAUAAAGCAAAAAAAAAUAAAAUUUCUACUUGUCCAAUUUGUAGAAAAAUUAUUAAUAAAAUUAUUCAUGUGUAUCCUUCAUAAGGAGUAUUCGAACCAAUUAAAAUUGUUAGGUUAUAUUUAAAAACAAAACUGUUUAAUUGUUUUAAUUUUUAAAUGAACUUAAUUUUUUAAAUAAUAAUUGUUGUAUUUAUCUAACAAAUGUAAUUUACUCAAUAUGUUUUUUAUGUAUAAUUUUAACGUUUGAUAAGCACUUUUAAAAUACUAAAACUAAAAAUAAUAUUAAAUAAUAAGUAAAGUAAAAAUGUAUUGUAAUUGACUUUAUAAUAUUAAUGUGUUUGUAUAUAUGAUGAAAUUGAUGAAUUAAAUAAAACCAAUAGUUCUA